AUGAAUUUAGACAAACUUGAAAAACAAAGAUUAAUGCAAAGACGUGAAAAGCAUGUCAAGUAUAUUCCUGUCGAUAACAUCAUAAAAGAUAUCAAAUAUAAAGACAAUGACAAAUUCUAUCAAAGAAAAAGAGAUGCUGAAUAUAAUGACCAUCUUAGUAGACAACAUGAAAAGUUAAAAUCGUGUAUUCAAAUUGAAAACAGAAGAAAAGAAAAUCUUGAACGGAAUGAAAAACGAUGGGAACGAGCUGAAAUAAAUGAACGAAAUGAGCGUGAAAAGACGAAUAAGCUUCAAAAAAUGCCAUUUAAAAGUGAAAAAAAUAAAUCAAAGUGUGGCCACGAUAUAAUAAAUCAUAACUUUGUAACUAAUGAAGAAAAACAAAAACAUGAAAUCAAAAAAAAUGCUAUGCUUAGAAGACAAAAUUAUUUGUCUGAAAAAACGAACUCUUUAUAUAAUCCAAUUACAGGAGAAAAAAGAGCUUAG